ACACCCAGAAACUACACAGAAAUCAGGAAGGGGGCGGGGCCUGGUCUCUCCGCUACCUUCCCCAGACAAGACUCGAAACUGGCAGCCACCUGCGCUUUAGAGAAACAGGGCAGAAAAACAAGGAGAUAAAGGAGAAGCCGGCCACCAGGACAGCUUCAGACAGACUUGAUGCUAAGAUGAGGAUGUCCGUGUCAUGACAGCCUAUGUGGAGAUGUCUGGGAACGCACCGCCUGCUGGAAAUCAGACGGUGUUAAGACGUCACUCUGAAAUACCAGUGGAGAAUGCAGGAGGUGUGAGGAUUCUCAAAGUGUGCUUUAUUAGCAACAGCUCUAACCUGGGCAAGAACUUUAAGCUUGUAAAAUGCGACAGCUCAUGGGAAAUCAAGUCCAUCGUUCAGUCUAUCUUGGAGAGUGGACGGCUUGGUCCAAACAUCAAGUUCCCUGGCUGCUACGGGUUGCGACUGAAACACCUCAAAUCAGAUGAGGUGCACUGGCUCCAUCCUAACCUGACGGUGGGGGAAAUGGAGCAGAAGUAUUCACAACACGUGGAGGCAGAGUGGAGAUAUGAUCUGAGAAUCCGGUACAUCCCCACUGAUUUCCUGUCGAAGUUAAAAGAAGACAAAACCACCAUGCUCUAUUUCUACCAGCAGGUUCGCAGUGACUACAUGCAGCACUGUGCCAGCAAAGUCAGUGAUGGCAUGGCUUUACAGUUGGGCUGCCUGGAGAUCAGGAGAUUUUAUAAAGAUAUGAACGCCAACGGAUUGGACAAAAAAUCUAAUUUUGACCUGCUGGAGAAAGAUGUGGGCCUUGACCUAUUCUUUCCCCAGGAACUGAUUAGCAGUAUGAAGCCAAAGCAACUGAAGAAAUUGAUUCAGCAAACAUUCCAGCAGUAUUCAUCUCUGAAGGAGGAGCAGUGCAUUUUUAAGUUCUUUGAGACGUUCUCAGUCUUCUCCAGUUUUGAUGAAGAAGUUUUCCCCUGUGAGCUAGUGCAAGGAUGGAGUUUGUCUGUAGACCUCGUAAUAGGCCCUAAAGGCAUUUGUCAGCGCACUGACAAAAAUUCUGUGCCUGUGUGCCUCGCUACUUUCUCACAAGUUCAAAGAAUCAAAUGCUCCCUUCAGAAUGAUGGAAAGGGUCUGCUAUACGUAGACAUUAAAGGUGCUACGCUGCCUUUGACCGUAAACACAGCCUCAGUAGCCACUGCAGAGAACAUGGCGGAUUUAAUAGAUGGUCACUGUCGUUUAGAGAGUGGAAAUGACACAUCUUUGAUGAUUAAACCAAAAAAAGAAAAAGAAAACAGAAUUUCUCUACCUCCCGUUCCUAAAAGUAAAUCACAUCUCUCUUCCUGUCGAUUGAGCAUGAACUCAGACAUAUAUGCUGAGAUACCAGAUGCAGAAGAAAAGCCAGAUGCAUUCAGGCACAGCCUUUCCAGAGAUGACAUUGUCCUUGGCCGGAUCCUGGGUGAGGGUUUCUUUGGAGAGGUUCAUGAAGGAGUUUACAAAAGCAGGACAGGGGAAAGAGUGAGUGUUGCAGUGAAGACGUGUAAGGACUGCACAGCUGAUGUCAAAGAAAAGUUUAUGAGUGAAGCUGUGAUCAUGAAGAAGCUUGACCACCCUCACAUUGUGUGUCUUGUUGGGAUCAUUGAAGAGGAUCCAGUGUGGAUCGUUAUGGAGCUUUACCAGCAUGGGGAGCUAGGACAAUACCUGGUUGAAAACCAGCAAAAACUGACCAACGUUAACCUCGUCCUGUAUAGCUUACAAAUCUGCAAAGCCCUGGCUUAUCUGGAAGGUAUAAAUAUGGUGCACAGAGAUAUUGCUGUAAGAAAUGUUUUGGUUGCCAAACCGGACUGCGUGAAGCUGGGUGACUUUGGAUUAUCGAGAUACAUAGAGGAGGAAGAAUACUACAAAGCCUCUGUGAGUCGACUGCCUAUAAAAUGGAUGGCUCCUGAGUCCAUCAACUUCAGACGAUUUACAUCAGCCAGUGACGUUUGGAUGUUUGCCGUGUGUAUGUGGGAAAUCAUGAACUGGGGACAGCAGCCGUUCUUCUGGUUGGAGAACAAAGAUGUCAUCAACCAGCUGGAGCAGGGUGUGCGGCUGCCCAAGCCAGAGCAAUGCCCUCCCACCCUCUAUUCACUCAUGACCCGGUGCUGGACCUACGACCCCAGAGAAAGACCUCGCUUCACAGAGCUGGUGUGCAGUCUGGGCGCCGUUUACAAGAUGGAGCGGGAGCAGGAGGUAGAGCAAAAAAGGGACAGAACACGUUCUUUAAGGGCCCCCUUCGCUGAGCCUCCUCCAAAACCAUCGAGACAGAGAUCCCACCCCAUUGGCCCAGGACUGCAUAUGCAGCUCCCCCCAUAUAUGUGUGCCAGUUCGCCUGCCCUAGCUAGCCCACCAGGUUACCGAUCAACUCCCAUCUCCAACAGAACACUGACCCUGCCUCUGUCCCCGCGACGCAGCAGCAUGGGGGAAAGGGACUUUAUUGGUGAGCCAUCCAGUAAAGAGGAUGCUCAGCAGCUGUGGGAUUUUGAGAAAAUGUCAAUUCAGGAGACUCUGAGGAGGCAGAAACAGGAGAUGCUUGAGGACAAUCAGUGGCGGGAGAAAGAAGAGAAGCAGCUGGAUCCAGCGAUUCCAGAUGAUGCAAAAGCGAAAACGCAGCCUGAAAUGGAGACAGGCUAUGCUCAGUUUCGAAGUCCCCCGGAGAAGCCUCCCAGACUGACCGCGCAGCCGGUCCCCACAGCAGAACUUGAUCGCUCUGAGGAUCAGGUGUAUCAUAAUGUGAUGGAGAUGGUCAAAGUGGUGGUGAAGCUCAAGAACGAUGUCAAUACGCUUCCACCCUCUGAGUAUGUCGGUGUGGUGAAGGCAGUGGGACUGACGCUGCGCAAUCUGAUUCACAGCGUAGAUGAGGUCCUACCAAGCCUCCAUGAGUCAAUCAGGACUGAGAUUGAAGGCACUCAGAAGCUGCUGAAUAAGGACAUGGCAGAGUUGAUCAGUAAGAUGCGGCUGGCCCAGCAGAACGCCAUCACCUCUCUGAAAGACGAGUGCAAGAAGCAGAUGCUAGCAGCGGCUCACACCAUGGCCAUGGACUCUAAAAACCUUCUGGACGCCGUGGACCAGGCCCGCGUCCGAGCCAACGUUGCUAAACCUAAACCUGAUUCUGAGGCGCAGUCGUAGAGCCAUGCUAUGACAACAAGCUGGUACAGGGUCUGUAGAUUAGCCUUGUCUAAAGCAUAUCUCUUGCUAGAUACCAGAACAAGAUUUGAGCAUAUGGAACAUUGUCUCUUACCAUGUUGUGGUUCACCCUUACCUUAUUUAUGUUUAGAAAUGAAAGCUGUGCUUUCUGUACCGAAUCAUUUUUAUAUAUUGCCUUUUAUUUUUAUUUUCAAACCUAGAUAACUGCUUAUAGGUUUUUAAAGGUUUUUAGCACCUGAAUGAUAUUGAGAUGUUUUAGCACAUUUAAGAUGCCACUUCUACAGAUUUACAGAAAAUGUGCAGCAUUUCUGAAAACAGUUUGAUUGUCUUUUCUCAAAAACAAACAAAAAAUAUUUUAAAUUAAAAAGUCAGUGUUAUUUUUGUCUCUCUAACUAUAA